AUGAUCGCUACAUCGAAAACAAAUGAUGCGUUUGGCGACGACGACUUUAGCGAGGUCAUUGUGCGAGACCAUGCGUCUGCCAAUUACUCUUUCACGCCCACCAAAGCAGGAAAAUUUUAUAAUAUUAAGCUAGUUGAGCGGUCCUCGGAUGUCGGUAUAGACGGGCGAGAGACAGCACGUGAGACAAAACGGAUUGCGGAGGGCGCUGUCAUCUGUAAAUAUGUGCGACGCGAGCUCCGCAAACUGACUCUGGAGGAUCGCACUCUCUAUUUUGACGCCCUGCAGAAAAUAUAUUCCCUCGAAUUGUGGGAAGGCCAAACGAGCUACGGCGAGAAUUUUCGGAAUGGGGCAUACUUUACCAAGAAGCAUCUCGCUGCCAUGUCGAUUGAAGGUUGCACCCCCUGGCACACGGGCACUGUGUUCCUCACAGCCCACUCAGCCAUGACACGUGAGUUUGAAAUGGCGCUGCAGUCAAUACAUCCGUCGUUGGCUGCGCCUUACUGGGAGUACACGCUGGACUCGAAGCUCUACGGCGACGCGUGGACGCGUUUCUCACCGGUCUUCUCCGACGACUUCUUUGGCGUGUUUCCGGUGGAAGCCCCGUUCACGGUUUCUACUGGAGGUGUACCUGAUGUUCCACUUACGACCGAAUCAUGGGACUCGCCUGAACACUCACCGUGGGGAUACCUCAUGGACAAUUUUGCGUCAGAUGAGACGGCCUACGUGACACGUGCCGCAUCCAUGUGUGGACUUCCGACCACCGCACCUUUACCGACCUGUGCAAAGCUUCGCCUUAUGGCAGAUCAGACGUCUUCAUCAGCAUUUCGCUCGUUCGUUGAAACUUACUACCACGCUGAGAUCCACCCUCUCGUUGGCGGAGCUUGGGACUGUAAAUUUGGUGAAGCAAAAACGCUUAUUGAUCAGUUCCCAUCUCUCGCGCCUUACGUAGAAGACAUCUUAACGGAUCUAGGUGUACUCAUGCGUUACGCCUACAGUGUACAAAAGAACUUCUCGAACGGUGUACUGAUACCAGGCAUGGCAGGAUGGUCCAAACAGUGGGGCGACGUUCGCUGCCCACAGGACUGUUCGUCACCCCACAGCGGUUCGCAACCCAACGUCACAUCUGCCAUCGACAUUGACGACAAUGCGCCAACGAGUCUCGAGGAUGAUGAUUCCUCACGCCGGCGACUGAAAAAGUCGGACGACGACGACGACGAUGACGACGACGCUAAUGACGUUUUCUUUGAUGACUCGCCAUCGUCCUCCCAUGACCCAGACAUCUGCACGUGCACGAUAGAUCGGGUACGUAUACCGCUCGAGGAAGGCAAGGAGAUGACUAUAGAGUUUGCCUUCCACACUUUGGCGGACAUCGAACUUCUCGACAAGCUUGCUGCGGCCACAGGCACAGCGGCGGCUAGCAUCACAAACUACGAUGACGACUGGCCACGAGAGUAUGGGGACACGGUGUCGGGAUGGGGAAAUUACACGGAAUAUGAGACCGUUAAGCUCUUCAAAGGUCUUGGUCAACGUGAUACCGCAGAGCUUGUGAUGUGGUUCGUCAAGCUUAUGGCGUACUUUCCUAAAGUUGGUCCUAUGACCGCCAUUUUGGGGUCACCCGCAGAUCCGAUAUUCUGGGCUGCCCACGAGUCGUGGGAGCGCAUGUGGCACUAUCUUCGUCUUGUUAAUCGCAACUCACCACUUGGUCACAAUGCGACCGAUUUCUGGUCGACCUGGCGACAGGAAUACAUGAACAAUCCGGGCGUGACGUGCUCGUGGUCUUCCCAAGCGUAUUCCAUGCUCCCAUUUUGGAAUCUCAUGGAUUAUGAGACCACGUGGGACAUCGAGCGCAAUUACUGGGGGUCCUAUCAUGCCUCUGAGUAUCAAUAUUAUACGAAUGCCGAUCUUAAUCGCAUGUUCUCUCCGACAAACCCCGAAUUGCCCUUUCUCUAUGACGAAUUCGCGUGGAACCAUUGCGAUGAGUGGGAUUCCAAUGGCGCCUCGACCAAGAACACAGCCAAUAACGUGACCAAGAAUCUGGGCGUCGAUGAUGACGACAACACCGUUCCUACUCGCUCUGAGAUGGAUGACCGCACCAACGACGAUGAUGCCGGUCUUGGGAAAAGUUCAGGGCCGCCUGCCCUCGACGACAGCGACGAUGACGAUGACGACGAUGUCGCUACCAUUCUCCCUGACGCACUCUCACCCUCGCGCAAGCUCCAGCGGGAUCAUGCGCAUCGCCACGGUAUGGGAGGCUUCGUCGGCGAGGUCAACAAUAGUACCCUUGGUUUCCGCGAGCACUUCCGCGCGAAUCUCCGGAAGUCUCUUUACGAGCACCUUGGCAAGCAGUACCAUGAGACAAAGCGCCAUGCCGAAAAGCUCCACACGAACAUGGAUGGUACGGGUCAGCUCGAUCAACUCCGCCAAUGGCUCUAUCAAGAUCCAAACAUACACGAAAAAGUAGAUUUCUCCGAUGGUACAUACAAGCAAACAAAGAUCGGAGUUGAAGGAUUGAAAGGAGGCCUCGUGGGCGCAGAAGCCCGCACACUACCCGAGAUAUAG